AUGACCAUCGAGGAAUGUGCCCCGCUACCCACCUUUGACAUUACACCCGCGGCGAUUCUAGACCAUGCCAAUCAGGUUAUCCGCCGGGUCCAGCUGGACGUCAAUCAUUUAAUCGACAAAGUUGCAACUGGGGAUGCCACUGUUGAUACUCUAGUGCGUCCACUAGGCAACAUAGAUAACGAAUUCAAGUAUCACAUUCAGUACAUUGCCCUAUUUCAAUCAGUCGCGCCGUCCCCGGAUCUGCGCAAAGCAUCGUCAGAGGCAGUGAACCUGGUUAAUCAAGCUUACCUAGCGCUGUUCCAAGAUGAGCGCCUAUUCUAUCUACUCGACACCGUGUAUAGCAAGGUCAAUGAUGACAAUGAAGAUGGCGAGUCCAUACGUCUCCUGUCGAGAUUCCAUCGCAUGUUUGUCGAUAAUGGCCUCCGUCUGGCUGGGGCAGAUCGCGAUCGGUUUCAGCACAUCGUAAAGCGGUUGCUUGAAUUGCGUGUCCAGUUCAUGGACAACAUUGCCACCGACCCGGGGAGUCUGUGGAUAGCGACAGAUGAAUUGAAGGGCCUCGAUGAGGGCAUGCUAAAGAACCUCGAACGAGGCCCUUCUAGGAGUCGUAUUCGUCUGGAUCGGCCAACAGUCAGCACCAUUCUGGGAAAGUGCAGCGUGGCUCAAACCCGGCGAGAUGUAUUUCUGGGUAGUCAGUCAAUUUACUCUCAAAAUGUCAACAUAUUCCAGGAGACUAUCAGGCUGCGGCAUGAAGCUGCGCGACUGCUGGGGUUCCCGUCUUUCGCAGCACAACAACUACGGCACCAGCUGGUUAAAUCCCCCGGCGCUGUCACAGACCUCCUGGAGGACCUCAAGCAUAGAUUGCAACCACUUGCGAUCCGUGAGUUACAAGCCUUGCGGACAUUCGCUCAUCUAGAAUCACCGCUUCAUCUGUGGGAUUUCGACUACUAUCACCGCCGCAUGCUGCAGGAACAGUAUUCUGUCAGCCAUGAUUUGAUCUCCGAGUAUUUCCCAGCUGAACAUACGAUUCAGCGGAUGCUGGGCAUCUUCGAGAGGCUAUUCGGAUUAUCAAUUACGGAAGUUACAGAGAAGACCGACCGGAAUGUGUGGCACUCUGAUGUCAGGAUAUUCGCAGUACGCGACAGACAGGAGUCUUCAGAAUCCUUCCUAGGCUACCUCUAUACGGAUAUCUACCCUCGGGCAGGGAAAUACAACCAUGCCGCCAACUUUAACAUCCAUCCCGGAUUUCAAAGGAAAGAUGGAAGUCAAUCUCCCGUCGCCACGGCUCUUGUGUGCAAUGUAUCGCCAGCUACAGCCGACCGACCAGCGCUUCUGCAGCACAGGGAAGUCAUCACGCUGUUCCAUGAGCUAGGACACGGAAUGCAUGAUCUCCUGGGAAGAGCCAAGUACGCUCUAUUUUCCGGCCAUCGAACUGUGCGAGACUUCGUCGAGGCACCCAGUCAGCUGCUGGAAUACUGGUGCUGGGUACCAGAGUGUUUGCAACAGCUCAGUUGCCAUUACACGUACCUGCCGGAGUAUUGUGAGCGAACAUUGGCUGAGGGGACUGUGAAAGAUGCCAGUCGACCACCGAGAGAGAUACCCCAGGACCUAGUCAAGGGACUUGCUGCCGUCAAACAAGUCAAUCAGGGUAUCUUGACCCUGCGACAAGUUGCCUUUAGUGCAUUCGAUAUGGAGAUCCAUGGCAAGCACGGCCAGGAAAUCUCGGAAGGCAAUGGAAUUGCCGAGCGAUACAAUUCGUUACUACAAGAAAUGACCCUCCUCCGGGGCCCUGAGGAAGUUAACUGGGGCCAUGGAUAUGCCACGAGCCAACAUUGCAUGUGGGGCCAAGAGGCCAACUACUUUUCAUACCUCUACACACGGACCUUGGCAGCAGACAUUUGGACCUCCAACUUUCGUGACGAUCCCAUGAGUGCGGAAGCUGGACUCCGCUAUCGACGGAUGAUUCUCGCCCAUGGCGGUAGUAGAGACGAGUUGGAGAUGCUCAGGGAGUUCCUGGGACGAUCUCCGUCUCCGGAAGCAUAUCUUGCGGAUCUAGGGGUCGGGGAGCAUGGCUGUUGA